CAUCUAGUCAUGGGUUCAUUGAUUCCCUGCCCAGCAAGAAUGUUUGCUUGAGCACAGCUAAGCCGCACCUCUGAUGACUAACAGGCAGCGCUCUCUCUCUUUGAUAUACUAUCAGCUGGGUUUAUCAGAGUAUCAACACAACCUCCCCUCUCCAGGCCUCGCCUCUUCUGGCCAGCUCUCCCUGCAGAGAGGGCAGGGGCUGCAUGAGAGCUGAGCUCACCUCUUAUUCCAAGGAAUCUUAACAGCAGGUUUCAAGAUACUUAUUUACUUUUUUUGGUCUGUGCAGGAAGUCUGAGCUAAAAAAAAAAAAAGUAAAGAGACAGAAGUAUAAUUGCUCUGGCACGCCUGCAUUCCUACUUCAGUCUCAGACGGGCAGGCACUCUUUCUUGUUGGAGCCAGAAAGAGGAUCUGAUCCUUGAAGAUUAUCGCCACGAACGUGUGUAAGUGAAACCUGCAGCCAUGCUGAAACAGAUAUUAUCAGACAUGUACAUCGAUCCGGAGCUGCUGGCAGAACUCAGCGAGGAGCAGAAGCAGAUCCUCUUCUUCAAGAUGAGGCAGGAACAGAUCAGACGGUGGGAGAAAAGAGAAGCUGCUGAAGAAAAGAUUUCAGCAAAGAAGCCACUGCCAAGAAAAGCCAACAGGAAGUCAGUGACAUGGAAACUCGGUGCUGACAAUGAAGUGUGGGUCUGGGUGAUGGGCGAGCAUCCUUCAGAUAAAUCCUAUGCGGACAUCUGUGAAGAGAUCCAGGCACAAAGAGCAAAGCGCCUAGCGAGAGAGCAAGGCCAGGAGGGCAGAGAGACUGACUCUUCUGCAACAUGGUCUCUACACCCACAGCCAGGACUUGUGGCUGAGACAGAUCUUCAUGGGAAUAAAAAAAACGCUGUGGAGAAAAAGGAGGAACAAGGGGGAAGAAUGACUGAUACUGAUAUAACAGGAAAAAGCCAGGAGCUCACAAAGAGGGGAACGAGAAAUGUUCACCAGAUGCUGGCAGAUUGCCAUGUGAGGAAGCAAAGUUUCCAACAGAUGAAGGAAGCACAGAGAAGAAAUUCAGAAGAGAUCACAGCCCCCCAGAAGCCAAUACCACAGAGCCACUCCAGCACAGAGAGCCAGAGAAUGCUGCAGAAAUCGGAUGAGAAUGAGCCUGAAUGGCAGGAAUUCUUGCGGAAGUCCAAAGCAGCUGAUGAGAAGAGACGGUCCCUUGCACGGCAAGCCAGAGAUGACUACAGGAGGCUUUCACUGCAAGGCAUCCACAGAGGGAAGCAGGCAGAUAUUUCCAAGGGCGCCACAGCAGGAGAUCGGCGACCACUUCAAUAUCCACCUCUCCCCCCCAAGCCUAAACUUCUACCUCCUGCAACGACAAAUGGGAGAGCAAUUAGGAAAGAGGGAAUCCAGAGGACAAUCUCCAAUUCCACAGAAGAAAGCAUCAUCAAAUGGUUCAAAGAAGAGCAAUUCCCUCUCCGAGCUGGCUAUCUGAAAACCACAGACACAAUAGCACCUUGGUUCCAUGGUAUCCUAACCUCUAAGAAAGCAGAAGAGCUUCUGAUUAAAACACUACCAGGGAGUUUUCUGAUCCGGAUCAGUGAGAAAAUCAAAGGAUAUGUGCUCUCCUAUCGGUCUGUGGAAGGAUGUAAACAUUUCCUCAUUGAUGCCUCCAGUGAUUCCUACAGCUUCCUUGGAGUGGACCAGCUGCAACAUUCAACGCUGGCUGACCUUGUAGACUACCACAAGGAUGAACCCAUCACUUCCUUGGGGAAAGAGCUGUUGCUUUACCCAUGUGGCCAAGAGGACCAAGAGCCAGAUUACAUCUCUCUCUUCGAGUAAACCUCCCCAUCUUGUUGGGCCAGACUUGUACUUACAAAGAACUUAGAACUGAACUUGGAACUAGAGCUGCUGAUACUUACCUGAAACCAUAAGUGCCUCUUUUUGUAUCCUUCACAACAAGGCAGUAGGAGGAUAAGUACUGUUGUGCGCUACAGGAUGCAUCAGCCCAGCAAGCUGCAAAGCACCAUGAUACAUCCCACAAGAUGGAGAGAAUGAGUUGAUGAAGUAAUCAGUUGAUCAGGGAGAUACUGCUGUGGAUUUUCAGUGGGUUUUUGUAGGUUUCUUGGGGAACUUCUGUAUUCAAGCUGCCUUUUGUUCCUGAAUGCAGGGUUCUCUGGGAAAUAUAUUAGUACCUACAGCUGAAUGAGAUUAUACCUUCCUGAAUGCACAAAACAACUUGGAGAGGUGAAUCAAUCUUGAUAUGUAACUUGCAUAAUGUGAAGCUUAACUCUAUAAAAUCCUGUGUCCUUGGAAGGAAGGAUGUUCAGCUAAACAUCCAAGCAAACCCUGAGCGCCUUUCAGUGAAAGGUGCUCUCUGUGACAAGAGAUUUGCACACUUGAAGAGUGCAUUUUUUAAACUCCUCUAGCCUCUGAGUAUAGAUUCUCACUCUUUUAACCUGCAUUUAACUCCCACACAGGCCUUUCUGCAUUGAGAGGGAUUAUCCUUUUUGAAAAGGAAAGGAGAUGGGACAGAGUCAUUUGUAUGAAUGACAACCACAUGUACAGAGCCUAAAAAUGUAAGAAGGAACACCUAUAUCAGUAUUAAUACAGUUUACAGAAGAGUUUUUGCCAGUAAAGAAUGCUAUUUUCCAAAAUGGAGCUGCUUAUUGCAAGUUGUGUUGCGAUUACUGAGAUGCAUCUGGUGUAAACUUCAUCACAGAACUUGUUCUUUCAACAUAAUGUUCUCUUUUCUUAUCUGUUACAAUUCUCUUUAAAUACAUCAUUCAGAAGAUUGGGGGAGAGCUUGGACAGGAUCACAUAACAAAUUAGUCUUCAUCCAGGUUCCCUAAUGUUGUUGCACAUGACAAACUCUGCAGCUGAGGGUUGUGGUGUGAAUCUGCAAACAUAAUUUUUAGAGGCACAAUCCUUAAAUAGUGAAUAAGAGUUGGUCUUGACUUAGUUGUUUACCUGUUUUUACCUGUUCUCUUUUUUCUGUUAGAUAGGGCUACUCAACUUGAAGAAGCAGUCAAAACUUUCAGUCUUAUGUUAAUCUGGGUUUUGCAGAAUACAAAGAAAUUGUGAUCAUCUGGUCUUAAAAUUUACAACUAUGCUGACAGGCAGUUUCCAUUCCAGGAAAGACGGGAUAACUGCACUCCAGUUACAGCAAGUGUCACUUGCUAGAAAUAAAGCCUUAAUGUAAACUGAGAUUCUGAACAUAAAGACACUCUGCCACUGCAAAAGACUUAAUGAGCUUCUUGAGCAAUAUAUCACAUGUAUCAAAGAGAUAAUUUCAAUAUAAUCUGCAUCAAUCAUGAGAAAGGGUGUUAGAUUAUUUAUGGGGGGGAAACAUCCCUCCCCUCUUUAUAAACUGUUUCUUUUAAAAGUAUUGUCAAAAUGAAAGGUCCUUCAGAAAAACAUCUGUUUUCAUGUGAAGAAUGUGCCAUAGCUGAUAUCUUGCUGGAGACAAAUUGUGAAGUGUUUUGCAGACCUAUGGGCUGGUAAAGACAGAGGAAAAGUAUGCUCUAAAAAGGCAUUUUGAGAUUCAGGAUGUUAACUUGCAAAAUAAGAUGCAGGCCAAUCUAGCA